AUGCACACGUCACUAAGGAUACCGCACUCGCUGCGAACCAACGGCCAACAGUGCCUGCACUCGCUCCAGCAGCAGCAAUGCCGCCACGUCUCGUCGUUCCGCCGCACAAAAAAGAUGCUGCUCGUCCAGCCCGACCAGUCCUUCAAGUCCACCACCGGCUCCCAAGACCACAUCAUCUACAACCCUCCAUCCUCGGCGCCAAACGUCUAUCACACACCCCUGAAGUUUUUGCCCAAGGACGACCCACGACGCCGCCUGCACACCCUGCUACGCCCCACCUCAGCCUCUGCCUCCUCCACAACCGCACUGCCGCCAGCCGUGCGACCAGUAUACGAGAAGAAAUAUCACCUUAAAGAAGCAGAUAUUGCAGAGAUCAGACGGCUGCGUGCAGAAGACCCGCGCCAGUGGACGCGAGUGAGGUUGGCUGAGAAGUUUGAGUGCAGUCAGUUUUUCGUGAGCUUGUGCUGCUCGGCGCCGCAGAUCAAGGAUGAGAGGAAUGCCGAGUUGGAGAAGAUCAAGGAGAAGUGGGGAAGAACAAAGACGGAGGCGCGUGAGGACAGGCAGACCAGGAAGCAGAGUUGGGGAAAGGCUGUCUAG